UGCAGUAUCACCUGAGCAUGUGACCAAAACAUCAGUAAGAAGAAGAGUUAUGGACCCCCGGUAUAGUGGUCAGGACAUUCUAAGGUGUGACCUUUGCGCGACACAUGUGGUACAAAGUCAUUGUGAGCUUUGUCAGAUUAACGUGUGUAAGUCCUGUGUAGGAGAACAUCUUUCGGAUUCAACUAAAACACAUAGAGUCGUACCAUAUGCAGAAAGAUUUUUAACUCAAAAAAGUCCAAAAUGUUCAAAUCAUUCCAAGAACUGUGAACUUUACUGUGAGCCAUGUGAAAUUCCAGUCUGUUCUAAGUGCAUCUCCUCAGGAAAUCAUAAAGGACAUCAUUUAUCAGAUAUCAACACAGAACAUAUCCAUCAAAUGUUUGGGUCUUUGUCAGCAUUAUCCAUUACAACAGAAGUACAUCGCUACACAAUGGAAACACCAGAAUCUGCAUCCUGUCCUCCAGUCAAACCAUUACUUGAUGAACCAAGGCUCAUAAUCACCAUAGACACCGGAUAUAAAAAUCUAUGCAGUGUUACCUGUCUCACUGAUGAAGAAAUCUGGACAUGUGGAGAUGACAAAAUCAUGAAACUCAUUAACCUCCGGGGAAAACUAACAAAGUCUAUCAGAACCAAAUCAGGGAACAGGCCACAGGACAUAGCUGUGACAAGGAAUGGAUAUCUAGUUUAUACUGACCAUGAAAAGAGAACUGUCAAUAUGAUGAAGAAUAAACAGAUACAAGAAAUGAUCAAACUACAGGGAUGGAGAUCUUGUAACGUCUGUAGUACAUCCUCUGGUGACCUGUUGGUUACCAUGAUCCAUGAAGAUAAUAAACAAUCAAAGGUUGUCCGCUUCUCUGGCUCCAAAGAAAAACAAACCAUUCAGUUUGAUAGUGAAGGCAAACCUCUGUAUUCAUCUGGUGGCCUUAAAUACAUCAGUGAGAACAAGAACCUGGACAUCUGUGUGGCUGACAAUGAAGGUCAUGCAGUGGUCGUGGUAAAUCAUGCAGGGAAGCUCAGAUUUAGGUACACCGGACGCUUCUCUACUUCCGAGGAAUCAUUUGAUCCAGUCGGCAUCACAACAGACAGCCAGAGUCAGAUCCUGACAGCAGACUGUGUCAGCCACUGCAUCCACAUCAUAAAGCAGGACGGACAGUUCCUCCAUUACAUAUAUAACUGCCACCUUCGUUAUCCAUAUGGUUUAUACGUAGACACCAGUGACAACCUUUUUGUUGCUGAAUGGAGCAGUGGUAAAGUGAAGAAAAUCAAAUACAUCUUAAAAACCAAAAAUGACGAUUUAGAAAUUCACUACAAUAAAUUGACAACAGCUGUCACCAAACAAGGAGAAGACUGGCACAGAGAAAUUAACAUCAUUGUCAACAAACGAAAGUCUGAAAUUGGUGAGAUGAAAGCUAAACAUAUGGAUGCUCUAAAUAAACAGGAAGAGAAGGUCACAAAAAUUACUGCAGGAAUAAAACAGAGCAUUAUUGAUCUGAAGAAUAUUCUAGACUCGAAUAACAUUUCGUUAGCCUCUGUCUACAAAUCUAGAAAUGAAGAGUUCAGAUAUUUACCCCCUGACCAUAACGUGUCAUUACCAAGUUUCUUUUCUCAUCAGAUUAACACAGAACAACUCCAUCAAAUGUUUGGGUUUCUGUCCGCAUUAUCCAUUACAACAGAGGAACGGAGCUACAGAAUGGAAACACCAGAAUCUGUAUCCUGUCCUCCAGUCAAACCAUUACUUGAUGAACCAAGGCUCAUAAUCACCAUAGACACUGGAUAUAAAAAUCUAUGCAGUGUUACCUGUCUCACUGAUGAAGAAAUCUGGACAUGUGGAGAUGACAAAAUCAUGAAACUCAUUAACCUCCGGGGAAAACUAACAAAGUCUAUCAGAACCAAAUCAGGGAACAGGCCACAGGACAUAGCAGUGACAAGGAAUGGAUAUCUAGUUUAUACUGACCAUGAAAAGAGAACUGUCAAUAUGAUGAAGAAUAAACAGAUACAAGAAAUGAUCAAACUACAGGGGUGGAGAUCUUGUAAUGUCUGUAGUACCUCCUCUGGUGACCUGUUGGUUACCAUGAUCCAUGAAGAUAAUAAACAAUCAAAGGUUGUCCGCUUCUCUGGCUCCAAAGAAAAGCAAACCAUUCAGUUUGAUAGUGAAGACAAACCUCUGUAUUCAUCUGGCGGCCUUAAAUACAUUAGUGAGAACAGAAACCUGGAUAUCUGUGUGGCUGACGAUGAAAGUCAUGCAGUGGUCGUGGUAAAUCAGGCAGGGAAGCUCAGAUUUAGGUACACCGGACGCUUCUCUACUUCCAAGGAUUCAUUUGAUCCAGUCGGCAUCACAACAGACAGCCAGAGUCAGAUCCUGACAGCAGACUGUGUCAACCACUGCAUCCACAUCAUGAAUCAGGACGGACAGUUCCUGCAUUACAUAUAUAACUGCCAUCUUCGUUAUCCAUAUGGUUUAUGUGUAGACGCAAGUGAAAACCUCUAUGUAGCUGAAUGGAACAGUGGUAAAGUGAAGAAAAUCAAAUACAUGUAA